AUAAUUCUAAUUCAGCAAUAUUUUGUCCCUUAAAUUUGCGUAAAACAAUAAUUGAAUUUAUAGAAGAUCACUCAAGCCGACACAUAUUGUUACCAAAAUCUGAUGGUAGUUUCGCUAUAGAUGCAAACGAAAUUUGGAAAGAAUGU